AUGUCAGACGAGAAGUUGGCAGUACACGUAAAGGAUGCCUAUAAGAGAUAUACUCCAACGAAUGUCAUUCUGGAUGGACUAACGAUGAGAGUUCCAGAAGGCGCAAUAUAUGGUCUUCUGGGUCCCAGUGGUUGUGGAAAGACUACCCUUCUCAGUUCAAUUGUUGGCCAAAGAUUGUUGGAUUCUGGAAGUAUUCAAGUUUCUGUCAAGCAUAAGGUCCAAGUUGGUUUUAUGCCCCAGGAAAUCGCCUUAAAUACAGAGUUCACGAUCAGUGAAGUUUUUCACUUUUAUGGGCGCAUUUGUAUGAUGGCUGAUGAGAAGAUUGUACAAAGAGGAGACGAACUUAUCAAAUUCCUAGAACUGCCUCCACUGAGCAGGAUAGUUGGCAGCUGCAGUGGAGGUCAGCAGAGAAGAAUUUCUAUGGCUGUCACUCUUCUACAUAAUCCAAAAUUACUCAUUCUUGAUGAGCCUACUGUUGGUGUGGAUCCAGUCCUGUGUAACGAUAUUUGGGAAUACUUCGUAAAAGUUGUCAGAGAGGAAGGAAAGACAAUAAUUAUAACAACACAUUAUAUAGAAGAAGCAAAAAAUUCCCAUAUGAUUGGACUUAUGCGAGGUGGUAUCUUACUAGCCGAGGAACCACCUCCUAUUUUAUUGCAGCAGUACCACUGCGAUACGUUAGAAGAAGUAUUUUUGAAGCUUAGUGUAAAACAGGAAAAAGAAGAACCUUUAGGGGGACCAAAACCAUAUCCAAAAAUUCAACCCAAUGAACCACCAAUAAAAAAUGAUGGAAUAUUUAGAAAAGAACGAUUUAUGGCUCAGUUAAUAAAAAAUAUUAAUUGGACAAGACGAAACUGGACGAUUACACUGUUUGUCAUUUGUUUACCAGCUUUGCUAUUUAGUAUUAUUGGACAGUUGACUACAAAAGAUGGUGGAGAUUUUCCAGUUGGCGAUGAGCCAUUAGCAUUAGUCAAUCUUGAAUCAGAUUGUAAAAACGAAACAAUAUAUAAGUUAGCCAAAAGGUGUGUUGAUACUCGGCCUUUGUCAUGCAGGUAUACUGAUAAUCUUGAACAAAUUUUUAACAUGGAUAAAUAUGACUCAUAUGAUGAUGCUUUGAAUGCUGUGAAGAAGAGUAGAGCUUUCGGUGUUGUUGUGUUACCUGAAAAUUUUACUCGUUACAUGUAUAUAAGACUUACUGACCAAAGUUCUGCAACAGCAAAGGUUUUGGAUGGUAGUACUGUAAAUGUUUCAUUUGAUAGCACUGAUUUUGGUAAAGUUGUUCGAUCAACACGUGAACUUAGUUUGAGGGUCCUUGAAACUAUUCAAGAUUUAGCUGAAGACUGUGGAUUUCCAAGGAAAAUGGCCGAUUUACCAAUCACUGUUGUAGAAAAACUUAAUUUAGUUGAAGAAGUCCUACAGAGUAUGUUACCGCCAUAUUUCAGUUCGGUUGUCUUUUAUACGACAAUGAUGUACACUUCAACAGCAAUUAUAAUGGAAAGGAAUUCAGGAUUAUUUGAAAGAAGUCAAGCUGCUGGUUUGACAAUAGUAGAAAUAUUAAUCACUCAAAUUGUAAUGCAAUUCAUGGUGAUGAUAGUGCAAAAUAUAUUGAGUUUCUUCAUGCUGUAUGUUAUCGACCAAUAUACAAUGAGAGGUAGUAUGGCAUUGGGUUUCUUCUUGAUUAUACUCAUUCAGUUUUGCGGCAUGAGUUAUGGUUUCUUUCUUUCUGUAGUUAUAUCAGCUGAGAAGAAUGUAGCAUAUGCUGGAAUAUUUACAAUUUUGUCACUUUUCAUGCUUACUGGUUCAUUGUGGCCUACAGAAGCACUACAUUGGCUGUUAAAACCUUUCUCAAGAAUCAUUCCUAUAACUUUGACAGCAGAAGCUUAUUACAAUAUAUCUCUCCGUGGGUGGAAUAUCGCUCAUUAUACUGUGUACAUGGGUAUUGUGUAUAUCUUGCUCGGAACUGCUUUCUUCAUUGCUCUUACAUACUUAACAGUUCGAUUUAAUUAUGGAAGUUUUACUUAA